UCUGGAGCCAGCGUAAAGUUGUGGGAGUCAUGUGACAGGGUGUGUCAUGUGACUGGGAGACAUACAUAGGGGCUGAGAGGAGGAAGCUGUGCUCUUUCUGUUUCACCCUUCGCCUUUCUACAAUGAUCGCCCUGGGGCUUCUGCUCGUCCUGCUCCUCGGUGGGGCAGAUGGGGCUUGGAACCAAAGACAGAUCCGUAAGAAGAUCCACCAACUGCGAGAGGUUGAGAACCUUAAAUCCUUUUACAGCCGUCUUGGAUUUCCAAAGGGUGCUUCCUUAUAUGUGCCCCCAAUAGAAGGCUAUCUCACACAGCCACUCGACCACUUCAACCGGAGGAAUAAUGACACCUAUAAACAAAGAUACUGGAUAAAUGAAGAAUUUUGGAAACGUCCCGAUGGACCCGUCUUCCUGUUUAUUGGAGGAGAAAGUGCAGAGUCUGAAUUUUCAGUCUUGGCAGGUGAGCAUGUUGAGUUGGCUCGGAAACAUCACGCACUUCUGGUGUCUCUAGAACAUCGGUAUUAUGGAGCAAGCAUCAACCAAGAUGGAUUGACCCUGGAAGCAAUAAGGUUCCUUUCCAGUCAGCAGGCGCUUGCAGACCUGGCUUCUUUCCAUCUAUUCAUCUCUCAGAAAUAUAACCUGACUGGCAUGAACACUUGGAUUUGCUUUGGAGGCUCCUACCCUGGAUCCCUUUCUGCUUGGUUUAGACUGAAGUUCCCACAUUUGGUGUAUGCAGCUGUAGCCUCCUCUGCCCCGGUCAGAGCAGAGCUGGACUUCACGGAUUAUAACAAGGUGGUAGCUCAGAGUUUGACAGACCCAGUCAUUGGAGGAUCAACCAAGUGCCUGGACAGAGUAAGGGAAAGUUUCAAAGAAGUGGACGCCAUGCUUCACACAGGGAACGUCUCUAAGCUUGAGAAAGACUUCUUUUCAUGUUCACCCCUCCACGCCCCGGAAGAUUAUGCAGAAUUUGUCAGCAACCUGGCAGACAUAUUUAUGGGUGCUGUGCAAUACAACAUGGAGUCUCCUGGUAGUGAUGUGAGGAAGCUUUGCGAGCGUAUAGUCAGUGCUGAAUCCGCCUACGAAGGACUGAAAAUGGUCAAUUCAAUGUACAUGGAUUUCAUAGGACUGAAAUGUGUGGAAAACUCUCACCAGAAAACUCUGCUGGACUUGAGAAAAACAGAGAUAAAUCCGACUGGAGUUGGGGAACGGCAGUGGUAUUACCAAACGUGCACAGAGUUUGGCUACUAUCAGACUUGUGAGGACAGUUCUUGCCCAUUCUCCCCAUUCAUAACUCUGAAGUCUCAGCUGGAUCUCUGCACAGAAAUCUUCCAGAUCCCUACAGAGUCUGUCCAUCAGUUGGUUCAAUACACCAACGAAUAUUAUGGAGCCGAUCAUCCUAAAUCCAGCAGGAUCAUCUUUGUUAAUGGUGACAUAGACCCUUGGCAUGCCCUCAGUGUAUUAAAGAAUCAAUCUCGCUCAGAAAUUGCCAUCUUUAUCAAGGGGACUGCCCACUGUGCGAACAUGGGUCCAUCUCGAACUUCAGACCCUCCAUCCCUGCAGAAAGCUCGAGAGGAAAUUGCCAAUAAAAUAGCAGAAUGGCUACAGAGUGCUCGGAUGACAGAGUAACCUUGACCCCUCUGCAUGGUGCCGAGACAUGAAAAUGACAAAAUAUUUUUAAAAUGCACUGAAAGAAAUGUAUGUGGCUUUUAACCAAUGCAAUCAAUGUUGCAAGGAGACAAUGUGCAAUAAUGCUGAAAAAAUAUGUUUUUUCUGUUUUAUGUGAUACAAUAUGUCCACCCUAUUUUUGUAUCUACAGCAUCUAUGCGGACCUAUGAUUCCAUGGUUACAGACUGAAAACAAACCCUAUGUAGUUGAUCCUGCAGCUAUAUUCUCCUCCACCUCAACCAAUGCUUGGCAGGAUAGCUAGAAUGGAUGAAUUCUGACUACACGGUAUUGCUAGUCUUUAAAGGGGUUAUCCAGGAAAAAAAAUGUUUUUUAUAUAUAUAUAUA